AUGCAUUAUAGAUUCAUUAGAGAUAGUUUUGUGGGUAGAAUGGUUUACCAUUUAACCCAACAUAAAUUCUUUAAACAUCCAGAAGAGCAUAUAGAUUAUGUUAUACCUGAAAAAUACUUACCUAAUGACUUAAAGACGCGUGAAUUUGAAAAGGUUGAAGGUGUAGAACUUGAAACAGCUGCAAAUUCAAGUUCUUCUUCAACUCUUGAUCAAGAUCCUGAUGCUAAAAUUGUUGUCGGUUGGGAAGGUGAUGAUGAUCCAGAAAAUCCUGUCAACUGGCCAACUUAUCAAAAGGCAUUCUUUACUUUUGAAAUUGCUUUCUUAACAACUGCCGUAUAUAUGGGAUCUGCUAUUUACACUCCAGGUAUAACUCAAAUCAUGGAAGAAUUUAAUAUAGAUCAAACUAAAGCUACUAUACCUUUAACUAUGUUUGUGAUCGGUUAUGGUCUCGGACCUAUGGUCUUCUCUCCAAUGUCUGAAAAUGCUAUCUUUGGUAGAACUUCCAUUUAUAUUGUUACAUUGUUCAUAUUCUUCAUUUUACAAAUUCCAACUGCUUUAGCAAAAGAUAUAGUUUCAUUAUCAAUUUUAAGAUUCUUAGCAGGAGUAUUUGCUUCCCCUUGUUUAGCCACUGGAGGUGCUUCUGUAUGUGACGUGUUAAGUAUGGCUUAUGGUCCAGUUGGUAUUGCUAGUUGGGCCUUAGGUGCCGUCUGUGGUCCUUCGUUUGGUCCUUUCUUUGGUAGUAUCUUAGUGGUAAAAGGUGAUUGGAGAUGGACUUUUUGGUUUUUAUGUAUUACUAGUGGUACAACUUUAUUGGUGUUAAGUAUACUUUUACCUGAAAGUUAUGGUAAAACUUUACUUUACAGAAAAGCUAAAAGAUUAAGAGCUAUUACAGGUAAUCAAAAUAUUACAAGUGAAGGUGAAAUUGAAAAUAGUAAGUUAACAUUAAGUGAAUUAGCUAUUGAAACUUUAUGGAGACCAAUCGAGAUCUCUAUAGUAGAACCAGUUGUGUUGUUGAUUAAUCUUUAUAUCGCAUUGGUUUAUUCCAUUAUGUAUCUUUGGUUUGAAGCUUUCCCAAUCGUCUUCUUUGAUACUCACCACUUUACAUUAAUUGAAAUGGGUUUAGCUUAUAUGAGUAUUGUUAUUGGUAUUGUGAUUGCUGCUGCUAUCUAUAUUCCAAUUGUGUUUAAAAUAUUUACAAAUCCAUUACUUAGAGGUGAACAAGUUACUCCAGAAGUUUUCAUUCCUAUGGCCAUCGUUGGUGGUACUUGUUUAAUCAUCGGUGUAUUCAUUUUUGGUUGGACUUCAGCUGCUGAUAUUCAUUGGAUGGGUCCUCUUGUUGGUGCUGCUAUUUUCGCAGCUGGUGCAUUCUUAAUUUUCCAAACCUUAUUUAACUAUUUGGGUAUGUCAUUCUGGAGAUAUUUAGCUUCUGUUUUUGCUGGUAAUGAUUUAUUCAGAUCAACUAUUGCUGGUGUUUUCCCAUUAUUUGGUAAAUCGUUAUUCUUAAACUUAAAGACAGAUAGAUUUCCCGUUGCUUUAGGUUCUACAGUAUUAGGGGCCAUUACAGUGGUAAUGAUUCUUAUUCCAAUCUUGUUCUAUCUUAAUGGUCCUAAAUUAAGAGCAAGAUCAAAAUACGCUGGUGCUGGUUAA